AAAGAACGAAAAUUCCAAAUCCCCCAAUUGAGAGCUCCAAGCAUGAAGCGGACCACCAAAUCUAAUCAUCUAAACCCUCUGCUAUGGCCGUCCGUCGGCGGGGUCAUUGGCCGGAAUAUUCCACUCCGUACAAGAAUUGGCUGGGCUUUGUGGCCCAAAAGUAUCCAUAUAAAGGCAAAUUUGGGCUCAGGGCAUUUGAUGAAUGGGUUACCCUCGCAAAGUGAUGCGGUAAACUAACAUAUGCUAACCAAACAUGUGUCCGGUUUGAGGCUGCUGCCAUCCCCACUCCCUCCUGCACAGGCAAAUAGUUGUCAGUUUGUUCAUCACUCCAUAAGCAAUAAAGAUGGUGCAGAUGAUGAUUACUGAUUUGCAGGAUGAUCUGCUGAAAAUAAUUAUGCUUUUCUUGGCAGACUCCUCUGAAGGUGCUCUCUAUCUGGCAAGGGCAACAAUUGCGUACGACUUCUUUCAGAAGAAUUUUCAUAACUUAAUUAGCACGUUGCUAUGGAAAAAAAAUAUAGCACGUUGCAACUCCAAACUAGAGCUCACUUACCCGUGUGACAAUUUUUGCUUAUUAUGCAUGCGCACUGAUGUGCAUGUGGAGUUGGUUUCUAAUGGGGGGAAAUGAGCUUAUAUCUGUUUUGAGUUGAGUACAUCCACAUGUACUAUGUUCUUUUUUCUGUGCAUGUCAGAGAGGCGCUGUUUGCCUAACUGCUGCUGCUAUUUUCUUGUCUGGCCAAAUGUUGGUCCGAGUUGCAAAGGUUUCUUGAAAUUCGGAGACGAUGAAGAUAUCCUAAGAGCUGUCAAUUUUGAUGGCAUGGGCCUAUUGCAUCCCUAUGAAUUGUACUGCUGCAUUAAUGGCUUAAUAGUGAAAUGUGCCGAAGCUGGAAAUAUUGGUGCUCGGUACAUGUUAGCGAAGGUAAUUAUGGUAACAACUUCUCAUAUGUGGAUCAGCUACAAGACAGCAAAAGCGAUUAAACGCCAUCCGUCCCUUUACUCUUCCAUUUAUCAAGCAAGUAGCGGCCAACCUCCUGAGAGUUCCUUCUUGGCUCAUUUUGUGGCAAACCAAGGAAGUAGUAGCAAUGGAUCAGGUGUAAGAUUAAUUCACUCUGAACUUGUGAGGUUGUUCCUGUGCCGUUGCAGCCCCAUAGACCUUUUUAUUAUGCGUCCAUAUUUAGAGAACUACCUCAAGUUCUUUGUUCGAUCUAGAGGGCUUCACUAUUUGAAAUUCCUCGCCAAAAUUAAUGCGAUGGCUGAAAUUUUCCAGGAUCUUCUAUAUAGGUCCAAGAUGAGAGAAGUUUGGCCUUUAUUUGAAAACACACGGCCCACUUCUCUGUGCUUUGACAUGAGGAGGAGGCUAUCUCAAAGCUUGUUUAAGCCUGGACGAUUUACCUUCGAGAGUGCAGAAGUUAAGAUGAUUUCACUAUCUGCCUCAAAAAUUGAAGAGUUAGAGAGGGAAUGUGGAGGGGUGACUACACAAUUAGUUCCAGGCAUGCAGAGAUGUAUCCACAUCCCAGUUUUAAACAUGGUAGAAAGCCUAAACUUGAAUCCUGUGGAGCACUGCUUGAGCUAUAGGGAACUGCUUGAAAAGGCUGAUCCAUCAUCCUACCUGGACUUGGAAAAGGUGCGGACUAGGUUUGAAGGACUGGGCAACAUAUUUGAAAUGCAUCGGCGUAAAGCAAUGUCAACCUUCAAUCUCAUCUUCCCCCAAGACCAAGAGAUCUCCAUGCUAACAAACCCUAUACCUUACAUAAGCAGCAAUGAAUAAAGUUAUUGUAUAUGCUGUUGGUAGUGAACCUAUUCUAAGGGAGUUGUGUCAAAGAUUGUAGCGCCCCCCCCCCCCCCCCCCCCCCCUUUCUGGUGUGUAACUAUGACCUACCUAUUAAAGUUUUAAUAUAUGUUUUGGGACUCUUUCCUGCUGUAA